UCCGACCGCAUCCGAGUUUCUGGGGCCGCCCGCCUACUCCGGCGGGGUACUUCGUGGAGCCCGCCAGUUUGGCAGUCCCGUGGUGUGGCAGCCGCCUGGCGACGUGGCGCAGAGCUGAGCACGAGGAGAAAGAUUGUGGCCCUGGGCGGGCUGAGUGGGAGGUGUCGAGGCCGCGGCCCGGAAGUGGUGGGGGCCGCGGCGGACGGGAGAGCGGCCGAGUCAGGCCUGUGGGAAUUGGAGGCCGCCGGGAGCGUGGCUUCCGCCCUCCGGGUCCCACGCCGAGCAGAGACUCAGGCCGCCACGCCAGGCCCUUCCUGAGGAGCAGCUGCUCUUUGGCGUAAAUUGCAAUCGAUUAGGGAUCGGUUCUCAAACUCAAGUUAGAAGUGAGAUUUCAGAUAAGUGAGGCCGGCAUUGCUGCUUUGAACACCUCAGAAGGGGAGAAUGGAUUUAUCAGGAGUGAAAAAGAAGAGCUUGCUAGGAGUCAAAGAAAAUAAUAAAAAGUCCAGCACUAGGGCUCCUUCUCCUACCAAACGCAAGGACCGCUCUGACGAGAAGUCCAAGGAUCGCUCUAAAGACAAAGGGGCCACCAAGGAGUCUAGUGAGAAGGACCGUGGCAGAGAUAAGACCCGAAAGAGGCGCAGUGCUUCCAGUGGAAGCAGCAGCACCAGGUCUCGGUCCAGCUCAACUUCCAGUUCAGGCUCUAGCACCAGCACGGGCUCAAGCAGUGGCUCCAGUUCCUCUUCAGCAUCCAGCCGCUCUGGAAGCUCCAGUACAUCGCGCAGCUCCAGUUCCAGCAGCUCCUCUGGCUCCCCCAGCCCUUCUCGCCGCAGACAUGACAACAGGCGGCGCUCCCGCUCUAAAUCCAAACCACCUAAAAGAGAUGAAAAGGAGAGGAAACGGCGAAGCCCUUCCCCUAAACCCACCAAAGUGCACAUUGGGAGGCUUACCAGGAAUGUGACUAAGGAUCACAUUAUGGAGAUAUUUUCCACCUAUGGGAAGAUUAAAAUGAUUGACAUGCCUGUAGAAAGGAUGCAUCCUCAUCUGUCCAAAGGCUAUGCGUAUGUGGAGUUUGAGAAUCCGGAUGAAGCUGAGAAAGCACUGAAGCACAUGGAUGGAGGACAAAUUGAUGGUCAGGAGAUCACUGCUACUGCUGUGUUGGCCCCCUGGCCUAGGCCGCCACCCCGGCGAUUCAGCCCUCCCAGGAGAAUGCUACCACCACCUCCCAUGUGGCGCAGGUCACCCCCACGGAUGAGGAGAAGGUCACGUUCCCCGAGACGCAGGUCCCCUGUACGCAGGCGGUCCCGCUCUCCUGGCCGCGGCCGCCACAGGAGCCGCUCUAGCUCCAAUUCUUCCAGAUAAACAAGGCUACCGAAGCUCACCCCUGUAACUUAUAUCCCACUCAGCUCAGUUUUUGUCACUUCUCUAGCCUAAGGUGGAGCAGUAGAAGAGGACCCCUCACUCAGGCAGACAUCAAAGGCAGCAGUGGAGACACUUGGUGUUCGGGGUUCUGGCUAACAGAAUGCUGCUGAUUCAGGCCUGUGUCCAUAAAGGCACCCUGCAGUUUUCUGUCCAGGAAUUUUACCCAUUUCCACCCAUCUCCGGAGAGCCUGUAGGAACAAGCAAGCCUACAGGUGGCAGAGUGCCCUAACCUUUCCAGGUGACUUGGGGCAGUGUGGCAGUCGGUCAUACCUUGGGGACCAAUGCACCAUUCCCAUUAGGCGUGGCCCUUUGAUUCCUGCUUGAGUCCUCUUCCAGCCUCUAGGGUCAAACUCCUCAAGAGAGGGUGUCUGUCUCUGCCUUCUGUUAGUUGCCAUAAAUGGUUCUGUCUAUGUUCUCAUCUACAUCCCCACCCCAUUUGUCUCCUUUACUCUCAAAUGUUGGUGAGCAGUUUGAGAGCCAGCUUUGCAGACCAUCAUGAACCCAUCAUUUCACCUGCUAUUCAUGGUGGUCUUGCAGGUUAUCUUGGCAACAUGUACAUUGCUUUUUUGGCUUUCAUUGUACAGUCAGUGCUAUAAAAUUUGAGUUUUGUAACUUUGUAGCAUUUUAGAUAAGAUUGUGUUUGUACUUUGUUGUGUAGAGUAAAGGAAUUGUAUUGAAUAAACUUAGAAUUAGAAUGCA